AUGUUGAAGCUCAAAUUGAACGCGGUCGACACGCCGAAAGAAGAAACGCCGACGAGCAGUCGGAGCGAAACCCCUGCUAGCGAUGGGAGCUUCAAACUGAGCCUUUCCCUAGGCGCCCAAGCGGCGCCGAAGAUCAAGGUCAAAACCAACAAGCAGACUUUCGAAGGCUAUGAUUCGGAGGCCCCUGAUCGUGAAGAAGACCCAACUCUUGAAGAGGCCAUUGUUUUAAGGAUGAUGCCGGGCCCUGGGCUCGAAAGUUUGCAGAAGGCCGCGCAGACGGGUGACAUGUCUGAGAUCAAUAUUAAAUUCGAAGACACGCGACGAGCAAUCGUUUCUAUUCACGGAGAUAUGUAUGCUGCCCAGCUGCUGGAUUUACCCACCGUCUCGGAGGUUCAGAAAACGUUCGACCGCAAGAAUAUCUACAAGGGCCUAGACGUGUGCCAAAUGCUGUUGGUUUGCAAAAAAAUAUCCUCUCCACAAGAGCUGGAUACUAUCCAAUGGCAAGACUACCAGUAUCAGCAUGGUAUCACUCCUCCGCUGCACAAUGUUCGUAACCGUCGUUUCCACAAGCGGCUCUCUAACAAAGUCAUCGAGACGCUGGAAGCCAGAGUUGACGAACUUUUUAGAAAAGAUGCUGAAGCAGAAGAGACACACUAUGAGUUACUUCCUGCCUCCGCGGUUGCCACUCAGCAAUCGUUGACGGCAGCCAUGCUCGGAGUUACUACACCGUCCAGCACGUUGGACGAAGAUGAGGAAGAUGCAGAGGACGACGAUGAUAUGGCGAUGGAGCUUGCUAGGGCACUGGAAGAAGACAACAUGGGUAUGGAGGCCUCUGAGCCCUCGGACGCUUCUUCGGACGGUGGAUCUGAUGCCUCAGACGACGAUCUGGAUGAAGACCAACAGGACUCCAAGAAUCAAAACAAACUAUUGCGCGAAGAGAUCCGGGAACUUCAGGCCACGAUUGAGACCAAACAACGUGACGCCGACAACACUGUCAAUCAGAUCAUGAAGGGCCGUCUUGUCGAUCGCGUUGGUCGUAUGCGCAAGGAGCUUGAAAUUAAGCAGGGCUUGCUUGAGGAUGCCGAAGCCAAGGAAACUGAACGUUUCGCAGCCGCAGAAAACACUAACGGCACGACGAAUACUCCGCAGGCGGAGGACGAAGACGAAGAUAUGGAAGACGAAGAGGAAGAUGACGACGUCGAGUCUCUGUUCUAA